GCAGAGUACGGGGGCGGGGCCGUGACGUCAGCGCAGCGCGCGGGGCCCGGCGACGGUGAGCUGAAGGCAAGCUGUAAACGAUGGCCAUGGCACUGAGAUGCUUUCGGCACCUGCACUCCCUGCUGUAUUGUUCCCCGUUGGUCAUGAUGAGGAGGCUGCCACAGGCUGCUGCAGGCUGCCCGGCCCCGCUGCUGGAGGGCUACAGGCAGUGUGUCCGCCAGGUGAUGCUGACCCAGCAGCUGGCCACCAAAAAAGCUAAAGGUAAAGGGCAGACCCAAGCCAAAGUGAAUAUCAAUGCUGCCUUAGUUGAAGAUAUUAUCAAUUUGGAGGAAACCAAUGAAGACAUGCAGGCAGUGGUAGAAGCUCUGAAAGAAGAUUUCAACAGAAAUGUCAGCGUUAGAACCUCGCCAGGGGCCCUUGAUCACAUAAUUGUCGUGACGAAAGAUGGGAAGUUUCCGCUGAACCAGCUUGGGCAAAUCUCACUGAAGUCACCUCAGCUCAUCAUAGUAAACAUGACCAAUUUUCCAGAGAGCACAGCUGCAGCUAUGAAGGCUAUAAGGGAGAGCGGAAUGAACCUGAACCCGGAAGUGGAUGGGACGCUAAUUCGGGUGCCAAUUCCGAAGGUCACCAGAGAGCACAGGGAGAGCCUGGCCAAGCUUGCCAAACAGUCCACCAACAAAUCCAAAGACGCCUUGAGAAAGGUGCGAAGCAAAAGCAUGAACCAGGUAAAGAAGUUCAAGAGCAAAGUGUCUGAAGAUACCAUCUGGCUGCUAGAAAAGCAGAUCCAGCAAAUGGCAGACAACGCUGCAGCAGAGAUGGACAAGCUGCUGGCGGCAAAGACCAAGGAGCUGCUUGGAUAAGUGUCAUCCGUAUCGACAUACUCUCCCCCCCACAAGCAAGAACAGACUGCCACAUACCCCACUGGCCAUCCCUGCCUGGAGUCAGGCAGACUCAGGUGAUGGGCAGGGACGGCUCUCCCAGACCUCCAGAGCAGAUCUGGGCUUUGGGAUCCCUUGGCCGCUGGGAUUCCUGAACCUGGACUGUGCUGAAGGGAAGGGGGAAACUCCCCUUGCUGUUCUUCAUUCAGGCAUCAGCUGAAUUGGGUGAAGUAAGAUUAAAAAUAAAAUAAUACUGAGGAGGACUGGAGGCUGUUAGAAGGAUUCCCACAAAAGAAGCUGAGACCCAGGAGGUAAGACUGCCCUCUGCUUCAGGCAUCGAUUCAGCAGGAGUGGGUGAAGCUCACACCACCAGACACGUCACCUCCUUGCUGCCCCCUUUCCUGCACGCCCUACCCUCUGCAGGGCUGUGGAAUCGCCUUGCACCCCAGCCUGGUUGUGUUUCUAGCAGCAGUCAGCCUAGGGCUGGUGGAAGCAAGCACCACGUGCAGGAGGAACUUGACACUCUCCUGUUGUGACCCUUAUCAUUUAUUCUUGCUUAAAAUAAAGCAAAAGUGAGGUCACCCCUCUCCAGAGGAGCAGCUGAGCCAGCACAGCUACCUGUGGCCUGGCCACCGGCUGCUCCUGGAGGGUACAUGGCAGCUCAGCACCACUUGCUACACACCGGCCAGCAGGAACCGUGGCUUUACAGUUCCGUAGGAUUCAUAGGUAGAGAAUUGAAAUUAAUACUGUGAGCGUGGCUGUUUUUGCCAGGAGUAAGACAACCAAAAGUCAGCACAGGAGUCUACAAAGCCAACAUCUUCCCGCAUGCACUGCUUGUACCACGUUCCAAGGAUUAGAGGAGGUAGAAUCAUAACAUGGUCCUGAGCACAUACUAUAACCCUUAGUUACCAGCAGGUACUUUCCAACAGCAGCAAGCAGCCUCAGGCAAUGGCAAGAGGGAGGGAAGGUGGUGGCCAGCACCACAGCCCCACUCCCAAAGCAUUUGGGUUCAAAGAGCACCAAGCCUCUGCAGUCCUUAAAUAAACAACUCCCAAAAAGUUAGUUUGUGCACAGUGGGGAAGGGGAGGAGGAUGAAGGAUUUGCUCUGCUAGGACCCCACAUGUCAACAAUUUCUCUGCUUUGUGUAUUUUGGCCAAAGCACUUACCAUGAUAAAUGAAUAAAGGAAAAUGGCGAGCCCA